AUGGCUGGUUUUCUCAGAAGUAAUGCAGAUUCCUCUCUAUUUGUUCCAACUGGCACAAGAGGAAGGUUAAUGAUUCUUAUCUAUGUGGACGAUCUCGUAAUCACAGGUGACAAUGCAAAUAAGAUUGCAGCCUUAAAGCAAUCUCUACACAUGACCUUUGCCAUCAAAGACCUUGGGAGGCUGAAGUAUUUUCUUGGCAUAGAAAUGGCUACUUCUUCCAAAGGAUUAUUCCUAAAUCAAAGAAAAUAUGUAGCUGAUCUUCUCAAGGAGACAAAUCUACUUGAUUGCAAACUUGCAACCUUUCCAAUUGACAGCAAACGCAAGCUCACCAUGGAUGGGGAAGCUCUUCAUAAUGUUAGUUAUUAUCAAAGACUGGUUGGUAAGCUAAUUUACCUCACUAUCACUCGUCUUGAUAUCACCUAUGCAGUGGAGAUAAUUAGUCAGUUUAUGCAUUCUCCCACCGUUGAUCAUCUCAACGUUGUUAAACGGAUUCUUCGUUAUCUUAAAGGGUCCAUUGGGAAAGGAAUUCUCAUGCAAAAUAACCAAUCUACAAGCAUAAGUGGUUACACUGAUGCUGAUUGGGCAGACAAUGCCAUUGAUAGAAGGUCCACUACAGGUUAUUGCAUGUUUAUGGGAGGCAAUAUUGUAACCUGGAAAAGCAAUAAGCAACAUGUCAUUGCUCGAUCAAGUGCAGAAGCUGAGUAUCGUGCAUUGGCAGCCACUGCAUGUGAGCUUAUUUGGCUCAAAGGACUUCUAUUUGAUCUAGGGUUUCAUUGUUCCAACUUUAUGCCUCUCAUGUGUGACAAUUAG